AUGCGCUGGUUCCUAGCUGCAUCUCUCAGUUUGGUGUCGGCCUUGGCUCUACCAAUCCCUCCCAGAGCCAUGAGCACUGUCACCGACUUCCAGGUGCUUGAGUAUAACGUAGAGAACUCCUACACCAAAUUCCAGGCACCUAUUGGCAGGGAUGAGGCACUGGUCUUCGAGCUGCAAGUCAACCCGACGUCAGACGCAUUCUCGUCAAACAUUACUCUCAACUCUCAGCCACUCGACACUACCUGGAUCACUUCAGAGGAUAGCAAGCAGUUGAUCGCCCGACAUAGAUCACAAUCACUCUCCGUACCGGACAGGCUUGGCUUCCCACAUCUUGUUCAUAUCGUCCUCGCCGGCGAUAUUGCCGCUGCUCCGGGUCUUCCGACUGCAUAUGACAAUGUACAGAACGUCAACCUCACCAUUGACUCAGUAGACGGCGUCGCCUCAGGGUUAGGUUUCCGCAUCGUCACGAAUCCUACGGCCCCGCGUCGGCUGGUGAAACUUGCUACACUAUACGGAGGUGACACGAUCAACUUCGACCAAUACAACAAGUCCUUCAUGGUCGACAAGUGGCAGUCCGAUGCUACAGGUAGCGACACUUAUACACAGCACAGCAAUGACAGCCAGGAGCCAUUGGACAUCGAGGCCGAGAUCGAGACGCUAAUCCUGCUGGAACUGGAAGCCGGAGAACUUCACUCGGCGAUAGCGAACAAGAAAGAGGCCAUCGCCAAAUGCCUCAAAGAUCAUCGGGAUCAGGUCACUUUACGGCAUCUACUACAACAAUGCGAUGGCCUCGUCUGUGCUGCAAAAGUCAUCGCCCAGCGGAUGUGCGACAAAGUUGGCAUUCUGACUAUGCCCAAACCCGGCUAUGCCAAGGUGCAGAGUCCGAAUUCACAGCAGCUUAUUCAGUUUGACAGUGACAGUGAUGAGAAGGCUGCUGGGCCUAGAAUCGACGUGACUUCGACGUACAACACCACACGGACUAGCAGUCUCUCAUCAGCUGCCAUACAGCCUAUACAGGUCAUCUACCCGCAAAAUGCACUGGUCAAGGCUCUCGGCGUAGUCGCGGGACUGCUCGGUCUCAGCGCGCUGUUCUCAUUCAUACAGCGAAAAUGCAUGUCAAUGCGAAAGCGAGUUGAGCGGGAAGCCGACAGGGAAGAGCGAAGAAAUGCACGAGCCUACCGCAGAGCUGCACGAAGAGCAGACAUGAGGCGACGAUGGGAAGUCUUUGUGAAGACUUUGAAUUGUUUCAGAGGAGAGGAAGAGCCAACGAUAAAAGACUACGAGGAGAAACGGGCUCUCAUCCUUCAAGACGCCUUACUCGAGCAAGACGUCGAGACUGCACAGAAGGGUGAGAUCAUGGACGCCGAGAUUCGUGAACUCAGGCACGCGCAUGAGAUCGUGGCAAGCCUCGUACGAGUCGACGAGCAUCGUUUCGAUCUCAUCACGCCCACCAACGACCCGCCUCCACCGCUCGUCGCACUACCAUACACACCAGCCACAAGAUCGCGAGCAAGCACCAUGACACUACCCUCCUACCACUCCGAAAGUCUCCCAGACUACACAUCCCGCUACGAACGAACGGAAGCCGGAAGUCACGCCAGCACUAGCAGCAGCGUCCGCAGCAACAGCGUCGUCCUCAGCUCACGAGCGAACAGCGUCAUCGUGGACGGACUACUGUACACACCAAACACCUCAGAAGACGGCACCUUCACAGGUCACACGCUGCGCUCACUCAGUCCGGGUAGUCUCACCGGCAGCAGUAGUAGCAACGGAAGUCGCAUCUCGGGGUUCACACCGACAAGUAGCAUCAUUGAGAUGUCGCCGCGAGCUAGCGAGGAGACUUUGCGGUUCAGCUGGCGACGGUCUGGUGAUACGAUGGGUGGAUAUCGACGUUCGGGCGAUACGAGGCGCACUUGGGAUACUAACGAUUUGUAG